CGCAGCGUACGGCAGGCGGGGCGGAGCCGACCCGCGGGGACGGGGCCGCGGGGCCGAGGAGCGGCCGCCACCGCAGCUGCCCGGCCCUGCCCUGCCGCCGCCUCCCCUCCCCUCCCCUCCGCCGGGGCCCGCGGGCGGGGACCGCAGGAUCAUGGAUUUUCCAGGACACUUUGAGCAAAUCUUUCAGCAGCUCAACUACCAGAGGCUUCAUGGCCAACUUUGUGACUGCGUCAUUGUAGUGGGAAACAGGCAUUUCAAAGCCCAUCGCUCCGUUUUGGCAGCGUGUAGCACGCAUUUCCGAGCUCUCUUUACUGUAGCAGAAGGAGAUCAAACCAUGAAUAUGAUUCAGCUGGAUAGUGAAGUGGUGACAGCAGAAGCUUUUGCUGCUCUCAUAGACAUGAUGUACACUUCCACACUAAUGCUUGGAGAGAGCAAUGUUAUGGAUGUCUUGCUGGCUGCAUCUCACUUACAUUUGAACUCUGUUGUUAAAGCAUGCAAACACUACCUUACUACCAGGACACUGCCAAUGUCUCCACCGACUGAUAGAGUUCAAGAGCAAAAUGCACGCAUGCAGAGGUCUUUCAUGCUUCAGCAGCUUGGGCUGAGUAUUGUGAGCUCUGCCUUAAAUUCCAGUCAGAGCUCAGAGGAGCAACCAAACACAAUGAGCUCCACGAUGAGAAGUAACAUAGAACAGCGCACUACUUUUCCGAUUCGCCGUCUCCACAAGCGUAAGCAGUCUUCAGAAGAUCGGGCCAGGCAGCGAAUGAGGCCUGCCAUAGAUGAGUCUGUUUCUGAUGUGACUCCAGAGAGUGCGCAGUCAGUAGUUCAUUCACGGGAGGAUUUCUUUUCAGCAGAUUCACUGAAGAUUGUGGACAACUCAAAGGCCGAUGCCAUCACUGAUAACCAGGAGGAUAGUACUAUUAUGUUUGAUCAGUCUUUCAGUGCUCAGGAAGAUACUCAAGUGCCCAGCCAGUCUGACAACAGUGGAGUAAACAUUCCACAGAUGUCCAUGGCAUCCCAGGCAACACAAGUGGAAACCAGCUUCGACCAGGAGGCUGCAUCUGAGAAGAACAACUUCCCAUGUGACAAUCCAGAGGUCAGUUUAAACGAAAAGGAGCACAUGAGGGUGGUGGUUAAAUCUGAGCCCUUGAGCUCCCCAGAGCCUCAGGAUGAGGUGAGUGAUGUCACAUCCCAAGCAGAAGGCAGCGAGUCUGUUGAAGUGGAAGGAGGAGUUGUCAGCGCAGAGAAGAUAGAGCUAAGUCCUGAGAGCAGUGAUCGUAGCUUUUCUGAUCCGCAGUCUAGUACUGAUAGGGUGGGAGAUAUCCAUAUUAUGGAGGUGUCAAAUAACCUGGAACACAAGUCAUCUUUCAGUAUCUCAAAUUUUCUGAAUAAAAGCAGGGGUGGCAGCUAUGGUGCUAGUCAAAAUAAUGAUGACAACAUUCCAAAUACAACAAGUGACUGCAGAAUGGACAGCGAUGCCUCUUACCUGAUGAGUCCAGAAUCAGGGCCUGCUAGUGGUCAUUCAUCUGCCACGGUCUCUCAUGUUGAGAAUCCUUUCAGUGAGCCUGCAGACUCUCAUUUUGUUAGACCAAUGCAGGAUGUGAUGGGUCUUCCCUGUGUGCAGACUUCGGGGUACCGGGCUGCAGAACAGUUUGGCAUGGACUUUCCACGGUCGGGCUUGGGCCUCCAUUCUCUCUCAAGAGCUAUGAUAGGCUCUGUAAGAGGGGGAGCUAGCAGCUUUCCUGGCUACCGCCGCAUAGCCCCCAAAAUGCCUGUUGUGACCUCUGUCAGGAGCUCCCAGCUGCAGGAUAACUCAUCCGGUUCCCAGCUGAUCAUGAAUGGGACCACUUCUUUUGAUAAUGGGCAUCCUUCACAACCCGGUCCACCACAGCUGACAAGGGCAUCUGCAGAUGUUCUUUCAAAAUGUAAGAAAGCCUUAUCCGAGCACAACGUCUUGGUUGUAGAAGGUGCACGCAAAUAUGCAUGUAAGAUCUGCUGCAAGACUUUUUUGACCUUAACAGACUGUAAGAAACACAUCCGUGUGCACACAGGAGAAAAGCCUUACGCCUGUCUGAAGUGUGGCAAACGAUUCAGCCAGUCCAGCCACCUGUACAAACAUUCCAAAACAACCUGUCUGAGGUGGCAGAGCAGCAACCUACCUAGCACUUUGCUUUAACCGUUUCCACCCCCCAGCCUGAAUGAGAGUGCCAGUACAAACUCUUUAACUCUCUGAAGCACUGCAGGAACUUUAACACUAUUUUGCUCAAGCUAAGAAGCUGCUCUCAUAGAUCCGUGAACACUUGUGUGUGGUUGUGCCACACGCAAAAGUCUUGGUUCUGUAAAUUGGGGAUAAUACCAUACCUACCUCACAGGGGUGUUGUGAGGCUUAAGCAACUGUUAGUGAAGAACUUUGUGGUCCUCAGAAGUCAGCACUACACAGUCUGUAGAUGUGUGAAAUGUUACUGUUACGUACAUGCAAGCCUGGGGCUUACAGGGAUACAGCCCCUAAAACUAAGUUCCUUUGCAUGGCAGAGGGGUCAGGAUUGAGUGAGAGUGAUCUCAUGAAGUAACAUGUUUCAAGAACGAGAAACUGAAGUGCAAAUUUCUUGUGUUUUUUUUUUCUCCUGAAGUAUUUUGUAAAAGUGAAAACAUUUAAAUAAAUAACCUGCAAAAAUCAAGUUGUUGCAUUAUGUGUGAAUGGUAAUGCAAAGAGCUGUUUACUGCAGAUUGCAUAUCUUUAGAAGAAAAACAACUUUGGAUGCACCUGUCUGACAUAAAAUGCUUUAAAAUAUGCUAAUUAUAAAAUAGUUUUAGGGUUCUGAAUGUAUGUUUGCUUGUUUUGUAGUAAAGAACACUGUGUAAUGAAGGUGCUUAAAUUAAAUCCAAGACAAGUAACUUUUGGACUACCACUUGUAUAUAUACUUGGAAUACAGCAAGAUCUGGAUGUUUCACUGAUUUUUUUUCUCUGUAGCAGAAACUUGUAUUAAGUGAUAAGUGAAGUACUGUUUCUUGUUUGUGCUAUUCUUAGCAGUAUCUUAACCAAUUUGUAUUUCCUAUCUUAAAAUUCCAUAUACACAACAGUCUGAAAAGAGCUUGUCUUUGUCUGUUCUGUUAUUUUGAAUGAGAGAGAGAAUUUGUGAUGGCAUUUUUUUAGUGUUUAAGAUAGUCUCUUGCUAUUCCCAGACAUGCCGAUAGUCAGUCUGAUCCACUUUACUGCAUAAGCACGUUGUUCUUUUCUGGUACUCUUUUCUUCAGGCUUUAAUUUUCUCCUCUGUACACUUACUUUCCCUCACAAUUAUGAAUUGUUUCUUACAUCAGAGGAGUCAGGAAUGGUCCUUGCUUGCCAUAUUUAUUUAUGUUUCUAUGUAAAGUGUAGUAAACAAAUCCAAUCCUUUUGUUUAAAGUAGUGUCAUAAAUGUACCUUUCUACAUAAAGUUAAAAAAAAGAAUAGCAUAAAUUUAAUUAAAAAAAUAGCACUGCACACUUUGUAAAGCAGAAAUUCAGUGAUCUUUGUUCUUUGAGAGAACAGCAUACAUCUUGUUUAAUUUCCUCCUCUUUGAUACCAUUGUAAGUAAUAGUAUUUGCAGUGUCUUGUUUUCUUUGUUGGAUGCAUGUGAACUACCAGCUUUCAGAAUGCUGGGUUUCUACAUUUGGAGUGCUUCUCCUGAUAAAUGCUGUUCUACCAUAUCGAAGGUGGGUCAGGGCUUCAGCACAUCCAUGCUACUCUGGAGAGACAGAUGAUUGAUGUUUCCUGGCAUUUAAGUCACAGAGCAACUGCUUUCUGUUAAUACAAAAACAAUUUGCAAACUUUUUUUUUUUGAUUCUAUAUAGCCAAGAUAUCCUGUGUGAUGAUACUCAGCAGUUUUAAGGAGUUUGUGUUCCUAGUAGUUAAUCUUAAACAUCUUGGUCUUGUGUUUUGCUAAACAGAAAAUAAAAUCCUAAUACACACUCCCAUAGGUCAUUUACCAGGAUGAACUGGGAACACUGUUGAAGACUACAAACCAAACAUUCAUUGUCAGACCAAAGGAAACAUAAAAAGCUUUCUGUACCUGGCUUUAUGUGAAACAGUAGUCAGCUACUGAAGAAAUGUCUAGUUACACCUCUCCGUGCUGAAAAGAAAAUUGCCAAAUGUCUGUCAAUGUGUCACUUACACCUUGAGCAUCCAAGGUAAACAGGAACAUGGAAACAUGAGUGAUUGAAUUGAUUCCUUUAAAAAGUUAAAAAUUCUUUAUUUAAUGGUCAUAUUUGUAGCUCUUGUUUUUUAAAGAAUUAAAACAAUGUGACAUUUUUAAAAGCUUUAGGAUAUGCCACUUUUUUUUUUAUAACCAUUUUGAUAUUGGGGGACUGAAGGCAUUGAGGGAUACUAAAUAAUCUCACUAAAACAUGAAUAAAAUACAAUAUUUUGUGCUUCAGUAUAUUCUUGUUGGUGUCUUGCCUUAUUGGUAGCAUUCUGGCUGGUUGUUUCAUCUUUCUUGCAUUUCUACCAUUCUGUUAAAAACUAUUUUUUUUUUUUUAAUAUACAUUUUCUGUAUGUUUCCUACAAUGCAUCUGAAAUCCUACAGCAUGUAGGAAUAAAGCAGCUGUGUGAGUACGGAGAUUAAUUAAAAACUAAUGUGAUCAGGUAAA